AUGACAUCCACACUUCCUGACUCACAAGCUACAGUUGUACAGCCCAACUCAAAUACUGCACCCGUGCGCAAAGUAAACAUUACUUUCAAAUUCAACGUCACUUUUAUCCAGGCUUUUCUUAAUUUAAAUUCACCUGAAUCACAGAUAUUCAUCAACAAAUUAGAAGCACAGCUCAGAAGCCUGUGUAGAGAAGCAGAUCCCCAGGCCUAUAAAACAGUUAAAGUAAUCAAAUUAAGUCAAGGAAGUGUUGUUGCAAAGAGCCUGGCGGAGUAUCAGUAUCAAAACAAUGAAACUCAAAUUGAGUUUAUUAACACUCAUCUUAGUGUGGUUUUGAAGAAAAUCCUACAAAAUGAAAAUAACCUCAACAAAAUUUCUUUGGCCUUUGGUAAUCAAAGUGUGGAGUUAAAUGAUCUCAGCUUUGAGGCACCUGCCAUUACUAAUAUCACAGAGUUGAAGCCUUUUAUUAACUGCACUCAGUUUGCUAAUUACACUGCUGAGAUUAUUAAUGGUCAAUGGCAGUGUGUUGGACCAUGCAAAAGAAACCCUGAUUACUGCAAUGGACACGGACAAUGUUUAAAUGACAUUUACACAGGCUCAGUCUGCAGGUGCUACGAAACCAGCCUGGAGCAGUUUUAUGGUCCACAAUGUGACCUUUUCCGCCGAGGUCCAGGUUUCUAUGGAGCACUGUUUGGCUCACUCGCAGUAGCGCUCCUGCUCUUGAUUAUAAUCGUCAUCGCUGUCAUUUUCAAAAGGAGACAUAUGUAUACUUGGAAAAUGAGCAACUCUCAGAGGAGAAGAUUGUCUGUUAUUGAGGGAGAUUUCUUUGACUUCACUGAUACAUUGCCUCAAUAG